AUGAGUACCAGGAAAACUUUGUAUAAUCCAGAGAAUCCAAACGACUUGGAGGAGCUGAUGAACUACUUCCACAGCCUGGACUCAGACGAUGAAGCUCAUGAGCAGUUUCAAAGUGCAGAGAGCUUAGAAGUCGCGUUAGUUCCUCCCGACGAUGCCAUGGACAGCGACCAAGAUGAUGCUCACAGUGAUGACGAUAUGGUACCUAGUAUCAGAGAUCUGGGAAAGGGUAUUCUCUCUCAGAAAGUAGAUGUUUUUGCUGUUAACAAGAAUAAAGAGAAAUCUCCAAUUAAAACUGGAAUUCAGUCUCCUCUACAAAUCCGACCAAGUGACCAGAACUGGGAAGAGAGUGAUGAUGAAACCCUGGCUGAUAAGCAGAAAAGACUGAACAUUCAAAUUCCUUCUGUCAGAAAAAGUACACAAAAAGUCAAUAGAGCAUGGCAAGAAAUAACACUUGAACCACGAGACCAGCGAAUUGAGUUACUAGAGGAAAAUUCUUACCGAUAUAUUAGAGAGAAAUAUGGCACCGAUCGAUUUGUUCAAAGGUUUUUUUAG